ACUCAUCCAUAUAAGAGGAGCGAUUUACCGCAAUCCACGUCAAAUGUUGUGCUUGUUUGUGAAGAAAUCCCCACUACGGAGUUUUUCUCUCGGGCUGUUGAUGCGUGAUACGAACCAGGAACAGGCUUCUUGAUCGAAGCUGAGAGUUGGUCUGUUCAACGAUCACACACCAUCUAGACGUAAAUGAUUAGUGGAGUGAGAGAUGAUUAAGCACUUACUUGCCAGUAUUUUGUUACACUGCUCAGUAUGGAGUAGAUGCUCAGUUACGGCGGCCAACUUAGUAAUCCUCGAAAUUGUGUUUCAACCCGUCAUGUGUGCCUGAGUACUCUGUACAGAAGGCAUGAAAUCAAGACAACAACAUAAUUUCUUUGACAUAGAGUUUAGCAUCCCUUUCCGUAUGAUAAUUUGUGUAAAAAGAAAACAUCUCAGCUGCCUACACCCAUCCGCCAACCUUCCGCACUCUCCGCCGUUAUUAUCGAAAGCUGGGGCCCGGGCCCGAGACGGACUCCACAUACAACAAUCCCAAAGGUACCUCAGGUGUGCCCACCACCGCAAAUAUAACACCGUUGAAGAAGACAUCGCUACGGAGUACAUGGCACCAACAACAAGCCUUGCUCAAAUACAAGUACAAAACCCCUCCACCAUUAGUCUCCGUUGCCCAAUGGCACAGGGUACGUUUUCUAUGACAGGAAUAUGUCUCAUAUUUUGCCCUAUGCCCUCUCUCUGCCGCAGCCACGCGCCGUCGCACUGCAUAUGUAGACUCCCCCUGCUCGGCUUUGGCAAACGCCAUCCCCGAACCUCCAGGCGAGCUUUGGCUCGGCUACCGACGUCCUGAAGCGGCUGCGGCUAUCAACCGGCCUUGACGUCCUCCCAUCUUACGACUUGACUUAGGUUGUGCGAGGGACAAAAACCACCUACCCCCAGCAAGUUGUAACCCUCCCUCACAUUCACCUGCCCGUUUGUUACGAUCACGAUCCUGUGGCAUUUCUCUGGGCCCAAGUGGUGCCCUUGACUCGCCUCAACUCUUCCUACAGGCAUCAAUGCCUGGCUUUGGACAUUCAAGAGCCUCAGUUUCUAUUUAUGCUCUCGGACAUCGAUUUGCGGCGGCCUAACAAACAAUCUCCUCCAGCAAUUCAACAUAGCUUGCUUGGUAAACCAACAACGUCAACAGGCCUGAGCGAUCGGACAUCGCAAGCAAAGCUUCGCACAUCUUCUUGUAUCUCAUAUCGUCAUUCUUUCCUCUAUGUAACAAGAACAACAACUUGGACCGAAACUACCCAAAUACCCACUGGCAAUCCUGGACAUGGCAACCAUCUUACAACGUGAUCACUGGUCACCUCCACGAUAACAGGUGCCCUUCAGUCAGAGUCGUCAGGGGCCCAGGCCUUGAUCGACAUGAACAGCGCAGAGGGUCAUUGGAGUCACUCACCCCAAUCACGCCAGAACUUGAUCCUUCAUGCUGAGAGAUAGGCAAAGCAUGCCUGGGCUUUGGGGCAUGUCAUGGUGCUUCCCAGAAUGACUGGGUCUUUAGCACCUUCAUAUGUUGCUUUCCAGUGCCAGUUCGCAAAGCCCCAGGACAAUCACCCCCAUUUUGAUCGCAGAAGAUGACAAGUCACCAACAUAUCUACCCACGGCAUUUUGUGGCCAACCAAUCACCUCACCUCGAGGCUCGCAGUACUUCAUCGCUAGUUGAAUCGUUGAUCCAACAAUCCCAUCACAGUCACCACAUCAGAUGUCACAUUGGAAAUGGGCGAGGCAAGGCACAGCAAUGCUUGUUUCGAAUAUCUCGUUGACUGAUUAUGGAAAACAAAAAAAGCCUCAUCACGGAGGCUCGCUCAGCAGAGUACUAGAGACCACCGACUAUAGCGUGUGGCAUAACAUGACAUAACAAGAGUAACCACAGCUGAUCUUUGGCAUUCAAGACUGCACAAGGCAGCUGGGUUGGUAUACUCAAGUCACUCAAAUACCGCAAUCAUUUUGCAAGUGCAAUCCCGACGACGAGCACUUCAUGGUCGAGAUAUGCAUCUUGGCCUAUUACCAACCCUCAAAUGGCAAUGCUUGCAAUCAUACACAAGUGUGCACAUGAUUACAGAUGCGUCUUAGCAUCAGCAAAGCAAAGGGGGUUGUAGAUACGCUGUUUGAUGUAUGUGGUCAGGGCAACAUCACCCCACUCCUCCCACUCAGCCCAUUGGGACUCAGGAAGCUCAGAGACACCACCGCGUCGAGCGGCCUUCAUGACCUCACGAGCGACAAUGACACUAGCAUCACGGACACGCUCAAUGCGGGGGUAGAUAAGGCCCUUGUGAACCUCAUCGGCAUUUAGGGAGCCGGCCAGAGCAGCGGCAGAGGUGUAAACCAUCUCGUCGGUAAUUCGAGAAGCCUUGGCCAGGAUGGCACCGAGACCGAGACCAGGGAAAAUGUAAACAUUGUUACCUUGGUUGGGGUGGUAGACCGUGUGGUGAGUUUCGUCACCAAACUUGGCCUUGACAGGGUUGAAGGGAGAGCCAGAAGCGAAGAGGACAGUGCCCUCAGUCCACUCAAUGGCCUGCUCAAAGGUACACUCAGCCUUUGUGAGAGGGUUGCUAAGAGGGAAGAGAAUGGGACGGCGCUCAAGGCCACCCUCCUGGACAGAGUUCUUGAGAGCGCGGACAACGGGCUCGGUGAAGACGCCGAAGGUCGCAGUGAGACCAACCAGGGCACUGGGCUUGACAUACUCGAUGACUUCCUCGAGAGUACGGUACUGGUGACCAUUGUUGUCAGUUCGGGCAAAGUACUUCUUGUGCUCAGCCAGGCGGUCACCACGGUCUUUAGUAACAAGACCCUUGGUAUCGACAAGCCAGAACUUGUCGCGGGCGGCAGCCUCGCUCAAUCCACGGCGUGUAUAGUACUCAACGAGCUGUUUGGCAACACCGACACCAGCAGAGCCAGCACCCAUGAAGACUAGUCGCUGUUCCUCGAUUGGAACACCAGACUGCUCAACGGCGCCAAUAUAUCCACCCAGCACGACGGCACCAGUUCCCUGGAUAUCGUCGUUCUAUCAUAAUCAUGUUAGCGCUAAAAAUUGAUCAGAUUCAUCGAUUCACUUACGAAGCAUCGGUAUUGGUUUCGGUAACGGUCGAGAUAACCAAAGGCCUUCUCACUGUCGAAGUCCUCGAACUGGACAACCAUGCUGGGGAAAACCUCGCGGGCAGCCUCCAUGAACUCAUCCAUGAAAGCCUGCUGCUCAGGGUAUGAAGGUCGCUUUUGUCGGAGACCCAAGUAGAAGGGGUCCCUCAGGUUCUCCUCAUUGUUGGUACCGCAGUCAAGGACAAUGGGAAGGGUCUUGGAGGGGUGGAUACCAGCAGCGCCGGUGUAAAGAGCAAGCUUUCCGAUCUGGUGUUCCAGGUUAGGGGUAUUUUCAAGUGUGGUUUUGCGAUCGACUUACAGAGAUACCGACACCGUUGAUACCGAGAUCGCCCAGACCAAGAAUGCGAGAGCCAUCGGUGAUGACACAAAUCUCGGGAUCCUGGCAAGGCCAGUUUCGGAGCAUAGCACGAAUGGACUUUCGCUGCUUGAUGGAGAUGUACAGAGCCUCGGGGCGAGUGUAAAUGCUAGAGUAUUGCAAGCAGACAUCGCCGAUUGUAGGGGUAUAGACGAGGGGCAUGAGCUCUCGGAUGUUGUCGAUGAGGAGACGAUAGAAAAGGUCGGUAUUUUGGUCCUUGAGAGUGGACAGGUAAAGGUACUUGUCGAUAGGUGUCUGACGGGUCUGAAUCAUCUUCAUGGCUCGGGCGCACUGGGUCUCGAAGCUCUCCAUUGUGUGGGGGAGAAGACCAGUGAGGUUCUUGGAGGCGCGUUCCUCGGGCGUGAAGGCAAGUCCUGCAAAAAGGAUCGUUAGCAUGCUUAAGGAAAGUAUGACAGCCGGUGAAGAAUUCAUCACGAGCGACAGACACCUUCCAUGACUACAAGUGGUAGCAAGGCCCCUGGCGCCAUAGCGGUGACAACAAGUGUUGUCGCAAUUGACAAGAUGAGACGGGACGGCUUACCUUUGUUCCAGAGAGGUUCUCGGACAAUCUGGUAGCCGGCAGCAUUGGACUCGUCAACAUAUUCAGGUGUUCGGUCCUGCUUGACCUCGGCAUAGUGGUCUUGGACGUAGCCACGGUGUUGAUCAAGGGCGGCCAUCUUGAUUUCUUGUUCGAUCUUGGAAAGGUCGACGGGGGACAUUGGAUUGGAAUCUGUAAGUCUUCGUCUAGAAAGACAUGGGGAGGUUAGAUAUAGUUAUAGGCAACGGGGAGGAGGGGUCGGGGGACGGGAGGGGGGUACACACGGGGAUGAUGCUGUUGAUGAUCUAGAGCGAGGUGUGGCAAUUUCAGAGCUGGCGGUACUAUGAGGAGACGAAGACGCCAUGGACAUAGACAAUGAGAGAUGGGGUGAUGAGAACGGAAAGAAGGAUGGAUAGGAGAGCCUGGGGAUUGAGGGUCGAGGGCGGCGAUUAUUAGUAGUCGCCGUGAGAACAGUGACUGGGGGAACAACAGUAGACGAGCGGGUAGAAGCACGGGUCAAAGUAGACGAUGUCGCGGAGCGCAAGGGGCCACUAGCGAAGAAAAGUCGGUUUAAGACGUUUUGGGCGGAACCGGGUCCCGAAGGCGAGGCCACUGUCAUGGUCGAGAGCGUUUGGCCCAUGUUUGGGUUUGGGAAUGGCAAUGGUACCGUAGCUCAGAUGAGAAACUCGCAGAGAUACCGGAGUAUGGGGAGAGGGAGCAGGGGUAAGCUCGGGGAACGGGGGUGCGUCUCGUCUUGUUGGGUGGUGUAGGGCAGGGAAAUCAGUCAGUGAAUGAAUCAAGGGAUUGUGAUGCAACAAAUGUUGCGGCCGACGCUUAUCUGAUGUUGUGAGGUGUGUAAGAAUGAGAUUGUGAGUGCGUUUAUGCA